AUGCACGAGAGGUUUGCCGGCGUCUUUGUCGCGGCGGUGAUCUUUCUCUUGGCACAAACGUUUGGUUCUCACUCACGGUCACGGACUUGUUUUGCGUUGUCGUCGAAGCUAGCUCUCUUGCGGGGCUCGUCGGGAGACGGCGGUGCAGGUGAAGAAAUUGCACCGGCGACGGCGAUGGUAACCUCUGUUGCGCAAGUGCAUCCUCCUCUGGAGCCGAUCUGCGACCUCUCCGACCGGCGCUACGACGGGUGCGAGAUGUGGGGCGACGCGCGCACGGCGAGUGGCGCCAACAAUUCGGUGGUCUACUUCAUCCCGCCGCCGCCGCAGCUGGCCACCGCGGCGGCGGCCACCUGGAGCAUCCGCUCCCAGUCCCGCAAGAUCGUCGACGUCCGCGAGGUGACCGUCCGGUCCCUGGACGCGUCCAGCCUCCACGAGGCGCCCCGCUGCACGGUCCGCCGGGGCGUGCCGUCCGUGGUGUUCGCGCUCGGCGGCCUAACGUCCAACUACUGGCACGCCUUCAGCGACGUGCUGGCCUGGUUCCUCGGCAAGUACGGCCGCGUCUUCCGCGCGCUCUCGCGGUACGACGUGGUGGACCUCGACGCGGACGACGACGUCGUGCGGUGCUACGCACACCUCGUCGUCGGCCUCCGCGGCCACCACCGCGACUUCGACAUCGACCCAGCGCGCGCCCCGAAUGGGUACGACAUGCUCGCGUUCCGCGAGUUCGUCCGAGCCGCCUACCCCCUGCCGCCGCCAGGAGCCAGCGUCGCGCUACCGUGCAAGUCUGGCGGCGGCGGAACGAGGCCGCGGCUCAUGCUCAUCCUCCGGGGACGCACGCGGCGGUUCGUGAACGAGGGCGCGAUCAUGGACGCGAUCGAGCGCGCCGGCUUCGAGGUGGCGCGCAUGGAUGAGGCGACGUCCUGGGCGGACGUGGGCGUGGUGGCGCGCGAGGUGGACGCGUGCGACGUGCUCGUGGGCGCGCACGGCGCCGGGCUGACCAACAUGGUGUUCCUGCGCGCGGGAGCCGUGGUGGUGCAGGUCAUCCCGUAUAAUCGGGGAUGGUUUUACCAUAAAGAAGUGCGCUUAUGGUUCACAAGAACUGCAAAUGUGGAACCUCUAGUCAAAACUCACUUCUAUGAACGUGGAUCUUACCUUUGCUUUGAUCCAGAGAUCUGGGAUUCAGUCCGUAAGGACAACUUUGUUCUCCACUAUGAGCUGUUCAUUGUUGCAGAUUUGGUGAGAUCUAAGGUGACUUGGAUCCUGCAAAUCCCAGGGUCGUGUAUUUAUUUGGGUUUAGUUUUGCUUUGGGGAUUUAGCACUGGGGGUGAGGACGUACCUGAUUCAGGCAUGUUUGGAGGUGACCUGAGAGGGAGGCUGGCUUGGUAA